AUGGAUGACCCCAAUGCUUCCAUGUAUCCGCCCAUCCCUGAUGCCGCCGCAACUCUGUCUUCCGCAUACCCACUGCCCGCACAAAUGCAACAAAUAGUCCCGCCGCAAAACGUGCAGCCCGUGCUCCGGAGAUCGUCAACGUCCCCAUCCUCAGAGCCAUCGCGGAACUCUACCGUCUCUGCCAACUCGACUGGCAAGGUGGCCCCAAAGAAGAAUCAGUAUCCGUGUCCCAUGGCAAAACAAAUCGGCUGCACCGAUUUCUUCACUACCUCAGGACACGCUGCUCGGCACGCGAAGAAGCACACGGGCAAAAAAGAUGCGUUUUGCCCAGAGUGCAACAAAGCAUUCACCCGCAAGGACAAUAUGGAGCAGCACCGCCGGACCCACCAAAACGGCCGCGGCGCAUCCCGGAGUAGCACCGGCGAUGACUCCAAGGUGAAGAAAGCCACCAAGCAGGCCACCAAAAAGAACUCGCUCAAGGCCGAGCCACAGCAACUGGAAGCCGCCGUCGAGCAGCAGCUGGCGGAACAGGCCCAGGCCGCACAAUCCCAACGGACAGCCGACGCCAUCCAGGCUCAACUCGCCCAGGCAAUCCAGCUACCACCUGUUGACCACAAUCUGCUUCUGCCACCUGUCGGCCCAUAUUUCCUUGGCAACGGCAUGGACAGCGGACCAGUGCCGGCCCUCCCCAUGGCGAUGCCUGACCUCACAGCUCGCCCGCCUCUCCACCGUUCGAACUUCACCGACAACCUUGGCUACAUUGCACCUGCCGCUCCAAUGAUCGACCCCGAAAGCCUCCACUACUCUUACCCUUCUCCCGGACUUUCAAACGGCCUGAAUAGCCUCGCGCUCGCCGCAUCUGAGACUCAGCGGCUGAAUGAAAAGCCCAGGCACCCAUCACGCAGCCCUGCAUCCGAGACCUCAUCUUCAGGCAACACUCCAUGA